UGGAGAGUACGAGUGUAAAUUUAAAUUAAAACGAAGACCUGACUCUGACGAUGACUUAGAGGUGGAUUUGAAAGUUGAUAACAGCUGUCAGACACCAUUUACUCAAACUGCGUACAGAACAGCUAAAACCACCAUCUCAUGUGACAAAAGAAACUCCAGAGUCAUGUUUUUCUGCAAAGAGAAGGGUUCAAUCUGUGAGGAUAUUUUAUCAACAAAAUCUUCUCUGAAGUCAAACGGGUCCUUCACUCUCACAGAGACCAGCAGUAGCUUCAACAUGUCCAUCAGUAAUGUGUCCUCACAGCAUGCUGGUGUCUACUGGUGUGGAGUGGAAACAGAUAAAGGACGUAACAGAGCUGCACUCAGAAAAAUACAUCUGGAGGUUAAAGUGCCUCCAACAACACUGAGCCCCUCUACUAUCUCAACAUCACCUCAUCCAGUUCCUACAUCUGCUUCUUCCACCCAGUCGACCACUGCAUCUGCCCACAGCGAUGGGUCCUCCUCGUUACCUGUAACCAUAUCUGUGGUCGUCUGUGUGGCUGUGCUGCUGGUGCUGCUCAUUUUGGUUCUCGUCUGGAAACGAUUUCAGCGUUCAAAAGACACAAGAAAUAGAGAACAGAACAAUCAGGAUGGUGUCUAUGAGGAGAUACAGGAGCGCCCCCAGAAGCCAGACUCAGGAACUGCACUCAGCACUAUUUAUGUCACAGCCAACGCUCCCACAAACCCCUCUGCCUCGCAGCAUUACUCCACGGUCAACUUUCCCAACAGCUCUGGAGAAGCUAGUGGUGACACAUAUUAUACUGUGUGGGACGGCGGCCAUAGUCCCGCCCACUCUGCUGUCAAUCAUCCAUCCAGACUUCCUGAAGACCCUUUCUAUUCUACUGUCAACAACCCACAGCAGCACUGAGACCAGUCCUGACACUCUUCACUUCAGUUUAUUAUGGGACUUUAUUUGAUCACACCAGACUUCAGACCACAGAACUCAAUCAACACCUCUGAUCUAUAUUCAUUAAUAAUAAGAAGAGUUAAUCCAGGACAGUUGGAUUAACAAGAAAAUCAUCACAUAUGACACCACUUGAUUUUAGAAGCAUAAAUAUAAUAGCCAGGAGUAAAAAGCAAACGUUAGGCCAUAAACAAACUACACCACCUUGGCAUGACUUCAACGUCUCCACCACUAUGCUGACGGAGACACUUAAUGUCCCCAACAACCUUUGUUGUCUUAUUUAGCCACUUUUUAGCCACCGCCUUUUUUAAGACUCAUAAAA